AUGGCUGGACCUAACCAUGUUGUAGAACCCUAUUUAUUGCAGUUGUUGAACAAAUCUGACCCAUAUUCUUUGGAUUUGCGAUCUCUUCAAUACUACUUGCCAUUAGGUGUUACUGUUUUGCUUGUUGAUGGUGAUUCAACCUGCCUUACUAUCAUAUCAAAAAUGCUUCGCAGGUUUGGCUACAAAGUCAUGACUGCUAAACGAGCAACUGAUGCAUUUUGCAUCAUUCGAGAUGGGGAAUACAAAAUUGACCUUGUUCUAGCAGAAGGCUGCCUGCCUGAUAUGGAUAAAUAUGAGCUACUUGAGACAAUAAAGAAAAUGUCUAAGCUUCCUGUUGUUCUCAUGUCUGUUGAUUACAAUGGGAAUGCCAUGCUAGGUUGCCUCUUUAAAGGUGCUAUGUUAUACCUUGUCAAACCAAUCACCAUGGAUGAUCUUAAAAACCUAUGGCAGUUUGCAUUCAUUAAGGGAAGAGAAAACUUACUAGCUGUGGAAGAGAUAAGUGGUAUUGAGGAGGAAUCAUCUCUGGAGAAUGCAUCAGGUGUGAAUGUAGAAUCUCAACCACUUAUAAGUGAAGGGAGGCAGAAUCUCCAAAAAGUAAAAAGAAAAAGAUCAGAUGAAAUGCUAAAUGAUGAGGACGAUAAUGAUGAUUCCACAGCUCCAAAGAAGCCAAAGCUAAUUUGGACUAAUGAGCUACAUAAUAGAUUCUUGCAAGCUAUGAAAGUACUUGGUAUUGAUGGAGCUCAUCCAAAGAAAAUACUUCAGCAUAUGAAUGUUCCUGGACUAAAGAAAGAACAUGUUUCAAGCCAUUUACAGAAAUAUCGUCUCUCCUUGAAACAGGAACAAGAUGCAAUUCAGAAGACCAUGAACAGCAGUUCCACUUUCGUAAAUGUUGCAUCUCAUCAUGUUUUGUCUCCAUUCGGUCUACAAGAAGGGUUUCAUCAAUUUUCAGAUAUGCAGUCCAUGAGGAUAGCAGACCAACCAGCUAUCAAUGGCCUAAUUCAGGAGAAUCUUAAUGGUUGCUUGACUAUUCCUUCCCCUGAUUCUGCAUAUCUGCUUAAGCAUGUGGAUUCAAAUCAUUAUGAUGCACCAACGACUAAAUUUGAGCUAAAGACUCAGUGCAUUGAACAGCUAGAUUCUGCUUAUCCUGAAUGUAAUCGGACUGGUGACAGGGUCAUAAAUAAUGAAGGGCUGGUUGGUUUUCAUCAGACAGGGAAUUCGGAACAAUUUCUGAAGGCAGAAAUUGAUCUUUUGAACAUUGGAGAUUCUUGGUUGGAAAGUUUAUUACAUUGCCCAACACUAUUUGAUGGUUCUUUGCUAGAAAAACAACAAUCUGUGCUACCAGAGCCAUUGCAACUGCCUCCACCACAGGAUCAGGAGGUACAUGAUAAUUUUGGGGCUGAAAGAGGGAGGGAAUCUGAUGAGUUGUUUACCACAGGAAAAGGAACAAGUCCACUAUUCCAUUAUGAUGAUUUUGAUGGUUUCUGGUAGAUCAGUCACUUUCAUGUCCAGUUUUUGGUGCAAUAAUGCCUGCAGUGGCAGCUUGAUUGGUGACAUCAAUGCUAGGACAAUAUGUAAAGCAACAUUCAGGGAAUACCGCUAUGCUCACUUGUUCAGGAUUUUCUGAUCCUGAAUUUGACGAAACGCAUAUAAUAUAUUCUGCUUCCCUCCUGCUUAGUAAAUGUUAUAAUUUCUGCGACAUCGG